CGCCGGGCCUGCCCCGCGCCCGCCGCCGCAGCCCGCGCCCGCCCGGGGAUGAGGGCGGCCCAGGCCGAGGGCGAGGACCCGCCGCCCGGCGCGCGGUCGGUCAAGGUGGUCCUGGUGGGCGACGGCGGCUGCGGGAAGACGUCGCUGCUGAUGGUCUUCGCCGCUGGGGCCUUCCCGGAGAGCUACACCCCCACAGUGUUUGAGCGGUAUGCCGUCAGUCUGCAAGUGAAGGGCAAACCUGUUCGCCUCCAAAUCUGGGAUACAGCAGGACAAGAUGACUAUGACCGCCUACGGCCCCUCUUCUACCCUGAUGCCAGUGUCCUGCUGCUCUGCUUUGAUGUCACCAGCCCAAACAGCUUCGACAACGUCUUUAACCGGUGGUACCCGGAGGUGACUCACUUCUGCAAAGGAGUGCCCAUCAUCGUUGUGGGCUGCAAGACCGACCUGCGCAAGGACAAGGCUCUGGUGAAUAAGCUGCGGAAAACGGGGUCAGAGCCUGUGACCUACCACAGGGGCCUGGAGAUGGCGAGGUCUGUGGGUGCAGUGGUGUACCUUGAGUGCUCUGCUCGGCUGGAUGAAAACGUCCACGCGGUCUUCCAGGAGGCAGCUGAGGUGGCUCUCAGCAGCCCAAGUCGCAACUUCUGGCGGCGGAUUACCCAGAAUUUUUGCGUGGUGAUCUGACCAGCAUGGGACUCUCACUGCCCCCUGACUGUCACACCAGCUUGGGAAGGAAUUGCGUGCUAACCUGCAGAAUUGGUUGGUCUGGACCUGUCCCCAGGCUGGGCCUGCUGAACUGCACCUCCACGGAUGGACACCACCCCAGAGCCUGGGGACACUGAACUGAGGAAGCACGGUUCCCAGGGAGGGCCCAAUCCUAGCCUGACAUCUGGAGCCUGGCCUGGUGCCACCUCUUAUGUCUGCUCCUGAGGCUAUACCUGCAGGACCUGGCAUUCUUAGACCCAUGAAGCCAGAACCCACACUCUGCCCCUGCCCCUACCCCCUCCCCUUCCCCCUACU